UAUAAUGAGAUCGCUGUUGAACUUUUCUCUCUCGAGUUGGUGCGAAGAAUUUAGUGAGAAUUCUUUCAGGGAUUUGGAUCUCUAUCUCUUCUCGCAAGUGACGAGAAGAGAUUGAGAAGAGACCGGUUCCCGGCGGCGGCGGUGGUAGUGGCUGCACAAUCUUGGGAGGAGCAGUUAGUGAAUCACCAUGAAGGCACUAAUCCUUGUUGGAGGGUUUGGUACCCGCCUGAGGCCAUUGACACUCAGUGUCCCAAAGCCGCUUGUUGAUUUUGCAAACAAGCCCAUGAUCCUGCAUCAGAUUGAAGCUUUGAGAGAUGUGGGAGUGACUGAAGUUGUUUUGGCCAUUAACUAUCAACCAGAGGUAAUGCUUAAUUUCUUGAAGGACUUUGAGGCUAAAUUAGGUAUCAAAAUCACAUGUUCUCAAGAGACUGAGCCAUUAGGUACAGCUGGUCCUUUGGCUCUUGCUAGAGACAAGCUGAUUGAUGGGUCGGGUGAGCCCUUUUUCGUUCUCAAUAGUGAUGUCAUUAGUGAAUACCCUUUUGAUGAACUUAUUAAGUUCCAUAAAUCCCAUGGAGGCGAGGCCACAAUUAUGGUGACAAAGGUGGAUGAGCCAUCCAAAUAUGGUGUCGUGGUCAUGGAAGAAGAAACUGGGAAGGUAGAUAGAUUUGUAGAGAAGCCAAAGAUUUUUGUUGGUAACAAGAUCAAUGCUGGGAUUUACCUACUGAAUCCUUCUGUUCUUGACCGCAUUGAACUGAGACCUACUUCAAUUGAGAAGGAGGUCUUCCCUCAAAUUGCUGCAGAUAAAGAGUUAUUUGCAAUGGUCCUUCCAGGGUUUUGGAUGGAUGUUGGUCAACCAAAGGAUUACAUCACAGGCCUAAGGCUCUACCUGAAUUCAUUGAGGAAGAGGUCUCCCUCCAAACUAGCUAGUGGUGCUCAUAUUGUUGGAAAUGUGUUGGUGCAUGAGACUGCUGUGAUUGGUGAGGGUUGUCUGAUCGGACCUGAUGUUGCUAUCGGUCCUGGUUGCGUGGUUGAGUCUGGAGUAAGGCUUUCAAGAUGCACAGUAAUGAGAGGGGCCCGGGUCAAAAAACAUUCCUGCAUCUCCAGCAGCAUUAUUGGUUGGCAUUCGACCGUAGGACAAUGGGCGCGUGUCGAGAACAUGACCAUCCUUGGAGAGGAUGUCCAUGUAUGCGAUGAGAUUUAUAGCAAUGGAGGUGUUGUUCUGCCUCACAAAGAGAUCAAAUCCAGCAUUCUUAAACCCGAGAUUGUCAUGUGAUCAUGGCAAAGAGAGAAUGCUUACUCAAGUUUUGUGUUAUAUUUGUGGAUUUUGUCUUGGUCGUUCCUUUGCAGAUUGUGGAUGUCACCACGAGUCUGGUCUCAUUUAUGUCAUGUGUAGAUAGUCUGUCUUCUAGAUGUGGAAAAGCUCAUCCUUUGUCAGAUGACUUCACUUCGCCUAGAGAUAAAAUGUGUGUUUCUUGUAUUCUAUCACUUGCAAUAAGGUGUAAUAACAUCAAGGUUUCUUCAAAA